UCUCCGACUCUCAGCUACUCAUUCUCGUCUGGAAUCAGGCCGCCUCAAGCCUCUCUCCCUCUCACACACAACUGUACAGGAGAAGGGUGAAAAAACAGGUACUCGUCGGGACCACCGAAGUCUCGGUACUCUCAUCUUCUUCCUUUCUCUACAAUGUCGCAAGGCUACGCGGUCGAGCUCUACUUCGAUCCCGCCCUUGAAAACCAGGUCUUGAAAGCAUGGAACGUCCUGGCCCGUCGCCAGAUCAGCACGCAGCUCAUCGAGAUGGAAUCCAGACCGCACAUCACUCUUCUAUCGAGCCCCCUCCUAGAUCCUCCCAAACUCCAAUCCCUCAUCAAGAACUUCGCUUCCAAGCAGGAGCCACUGCCCCUAACGCUCUCCUCAGUCGGCGCCUUCCCGUCCGACGACAACGUCCUCUUCCUCUCUCCGACUCCGUCCGUCGCCCUCCUCCAGCUCCACUCCCAGCUCUGCGACGUGCUUCGGAGGGAGGGCGUGGAGAUCGGGGAGGAGUACCGGCCUGACACGUGGGUCCCGCACUGCUCGGUCGCGCAGGAGGUCCCGCGGAACCGGAUGGCGGAGGCGUUCUGCAUUCUCCGCGACCUGAAGCUGCCCGUCAGCGGGUAUGCGAUGGAUGUGGGUUUGGUGGAGUUCUCGCCUGUUCGUGAGCUUUUCUCGUUUCCGCUAGGGAAUGCAUCCGAAGCAUGAGGAAUCUCGUAGACACUAUGUGCCAUGACGGAGAGACCGUAAACGUCGAAACCGUCAUCUCAGUCCUUCAUGCGAAGCAGUUGAGAAAGAAUGACAAUGUCAUGACAAUGGGUCUUUUACCGAUGCAUUGGUUGCCAAGGGAAGAAAUUUUGAAUGAGAGAAAGGGAAUUCUCGAUCAAGAUCCAAGUCGAAAGGGAAAAGCAAGAUAAAGUGUUGGAAUUGUGGGAUGAUAGGAUACAUGAAGAAGGAUUGUCAGAAUCCUAAAGUUCAAAAGGGAGAAAAAUUUGAUGAUACGUCGAAGGAAGCCAACACAGUGGAAUUUGUUGAGGAGAUUGACGGUGAUGACGUUUUGACCUCAUCCAAAUCUGGUUACAUUAGUAACGACUGGAUUUUGGAUUCGAGAGCAUCAUACCACAUGACUUAUCACAUGUAAUUUUUCACUAGUUACAAUGAGUAUGAUGGUGGACAGGUGUUUAUGGGUAAUGACAUUGGUAUAACAUGAUUAAAAUCGGUUCGGUGUGCAUCAAGAUGUUUGAUGGGGUGGAGCGUAUACUAAUAAAGGUGAUAUACGUUCCUAACAUCAAGAAGAAUCUGAUUUCGCUUAGGGCACUAGAGACGCUUGAGUGCAAGUUCACCUGUUUGAUUGUGUCCUUAAAGUUUCAAAGGGGGCACUCAUAGUAAUGAAAGCGUAUUGGAGCAGGUAACCUUUACAAGUUGAUCGGGAAUACCGUAUCGGGUGGAGUUACAACAUAUGUAGCGGAGUCCACGUCAGCACGUUUGUGACAUGUGUGUCUAGGUCACAUGAACGAGUGUGGCAUGGAGGUACUUUAUAAUCAUUCAUUAAUUCUUGUAUUUAAAAGCGUUGAUUUUAAUGUAUGUGAGCAUUGCAUAAAUGGUAAACAAUCAUGGUUAACUUUUAAGACUAUAAAGAUGUAUAUAAGGGUGUACUGGAGUAUGUGCAUUUAGAUGUAUAGGCUCUGUCUCUUGUU